AUGUCGCUUGAAAGGAAAGAACCAAAUUAUUUCGGUGCUGGUCCGGCACAACUACCAACGUCUGUUCUUCAACAGGCAGCAAAGGACUUGAUUAACUUUCAAGACCUUGGUAUUGGCGCUGGUGAAAUUAGUCAUAGAUCGCCAGCAGGUGUUGAAAUUGUUGACAACACGAAGGCAUAUUUGAAAAAGUUAUGGCACAUUCCAGAUACACACGAAGUUUUCUUCUUGCAGGGUGGUGGUACAACUGGUUUCUCAUCGAUUCCAACGAAUCUCACUGCUUCUUUCGCCAAAAAGCAUGGCAAAGCCGGAAAGCCUGCUUAUGUCAUUACAGGAAAUUGGUCUAGCAAGGCUCGUGAAGAAGCUGAUCGUCUUGGAUUUGAAACCCAAGUUGUUGUGAAUGCUAAAGCUGUUGAUGGAAAGUUUGGAGACAUCCCUGAUGUCAGUAAAUGGAACAUUCCAAAACCAGAGGACACACCUUAUGUGUACUACUGUGAUAAUGAGACUGUUCAUGGUGUUGAAUUCCGUGAAUUUCCAUUCGACCAAUUCAAGGGUAUUGAAGUUGUUGCUGAUAUGUCUUCCAAUUUCUUGUCAAAGCCCGUUGACUUCAGUAAAUACGGCGUUGUUUUCGGCGGUGCCCAAAAGAAUGUUGGAAUUGCCGGUGUUACUAUUUACAUCAUCAAAAAAGCUUUAUUGGACUACCCAACGGUUGGGGAGCUUCGGAAGUUGGAUAUUCCUAUCGCCCCAAUUGCUUUUGACUAUCCAACGGUGGUCUCAAAGGAUUCGGCUUACAACACAAUCCCAACUUUUGCCGUUCACAUUAUUGAAUUGGUUCUCGAAAGAUUAAUCAAAAAUGGAGGUAUAAAGAAUCAAGAGCAAGAAAACAUCAAAAAGUCGAAUCUUCUUUAUUCAACCUUAGAAAAGUAUCCUGCCAUCUACAAUCUUCCUGUUUCCAAGCGCGCAAGAUCCCGUAUGAAUGUCGUUUUUACCCUGAAGGACAAGUCGCUUGAUGCUAUUUUCCUUAAAGAGGCGGCAGCCCAGAAGCUUGGCGGUCUUAAGGGACAUCGAUCUGUUGGAGGAAUGAGAGCAUCUCUCUACAAUGCUGUUACUUAUCACAGUGUUGAACUCUUGGCUCAAUUUGUUGAGAAUUUUGCAAAAGAGCACUAA